CGGCUGCCGGCUUGCAGCUCGUGAUGGAGGUGCGCCGGGAGGCGCGGCCUCCUGGCCUUGCACCAGAACGACGGAGGCCGUACUGGCUUGCGGUCUGCAGCGCCGCGCUGGUGAUCGCUGCGUCAGUUGGGGCUGCCCAUGGCACGGUGCGGCACCGGGAAACCGGCGGUACCCGCGGCGGCGACGCGUUAAGAAGGCCAGCGACGCGCGCCCGCGCGAGCGACGGUGAAAGCGCUGCGGUGGCCGCGGCCGGAACGUCUGCCGCGGCGCGCGCGCCGAGCCGCCGGGAUGCAGCCGACGCGGCGCGGCCGUCGGCACAACGCGACGCCGUCAGCAAAGCCUUGGGGGACGUCUCGUACUCGAAAACGGGGACGGCGCCGCCGAGCAUAAGCGCGGCGCCGAGCUACAACCCGACGUACCAGCCAAGCCCCGCUCCAUCAGUGACGCCGAGCCCCACGGACCUCCCCAGCUAUAUGCCAACGACGCCGGGGCCCACGGGCGUGCCGACGGCGAACCCGAGCGGGCGCCCGUCGCCGCUGCCGUCCUACGCGCCGACGACGGCAAGGCCCUCGGACCAACCGACGCCCGCGCCCUCGCACAAGCCGACGAUCUCGCCGGAACCGACGCAGACGUUCGCGCCGACCUACGAGCCGACGUCGUCCGUGCCGAGCGCGGCGCCGUCGUACCAGCCAACGACGGUGAGGCCGAGCGCGGCGCCCUCCGAAGCGCCGUCAUAUACACCGACGGCGGCCCCGACGUACUCGCGGGAGCCCUCCGCGGCGCCGAGCUACGUCCCGACCACGGGCGCGCCGUCGUCGAGCACGCCGACGAAGCUGCCGAGCACGUACGCGCCGAGCUACGUCCCGUCGCCGCUGCCCUCGUAUUCGCAGCCGCCGACGCAUGUGCCGAGCUAUAGCCCAUCGUUUGCACCGACGGGCUCGGCGGCCCCGUCGACGGCACCGUCGUAUCUCCCAACGCCGCUGCCGUCGACGGCUAUACCGAGCUACGAGCCCACGCCAAUGGCCACGGAGCCAACGUACGCCCCCUCGAAGACGCCCACAGCGCCGAGCUUCUACCCGACGCCCGCGCCCUCGCGCGCGCCGACCAAGAUCCCGACGCCGGCGCCGUCCUCGAGCUUCUCGCCUUCGUACACGCCAACGUCGGCGCCGACGUCAAAGCCGUCGGCCGUGCCCUCGUCGAUCCCGUCGCCGCUGCCCUCGACGCCGAUGCCGAGCGCUGCGCCGACGCCGAUCCCGUCUCCGCAGCCGUCCGGCAUCCCUUCACCAGAACCGACCUACAGUCGCCCGCCAUCACCUUCGCCAAGCUCGCUGCCGACGCAAGUCCCCACAAAGUGGCAGUGCCACCUCUCCGAGGAGGACUUCGCGACCUCGAUGCAGUACAAGGUCUACGCGAGCUGCCCCUGGUCCGCGGCCACGGUCGAGAGCACGCCCAUCAAGUACUCGGCGGACUGCAUCAGCCCGCCGGCGGGCCACCCCGACCACGGCACGACGCGGACGCCGGAGGAGUGCGCCUUCGGCCCCUGCGCGACGUGCGGCCACUACGACACGUGCGACGGCGUGUGGCAGUCGAACGCUACGUAUGCCGACUGCGUCACGUGUACGGAGGGCUACGAAUUGGAUGUGUUGUACGACGACUGCACGGGCGUCUGCGUACCUAGUGGCGUGGCGCUGAACCCGCUGCUCUCGCACGGCUCGUGCCGCUGCUUCUCCGAGAACCAGGCGGCGCAAGGUAUAUCAGCGUUAGGGUCGGGCACGUGUGCCCCGACUGCCGCGCCCUCGGGCACGCCGACGGUGCCGCCCACUCCCUUUGACGGCACGACCGAGACGACGAUCCUCGUGAACGCGUCUAUUGUAUUGGAGGGCGUCGCCGAGCCGCUGGAGAUCAACAUGGCGGGUCCUAGGCUGGAGGCUUUGCAGACCGUACUCAUAGAGUCCGCUGCAAAACAUAACGUCGUCAUCAACGGCACGCGCGCUGUGACGAAAAUGAAGGCGUCGUCCUACAAAGGUGCGACGCGCAUCGACUACUCCUUCUACACCUGGAUCACGGAGGAAGGUGUAAGGAAUAGGACCGCCACGAACAUCAUGGCUCGUGAGUGGUUAGUUAGCUACAAAUCAAACCUCGUGACGCAGUGUGAAGAUGGUACGAUGAAUGAUAUCUUGGAGGACCACGCCUGGACGGCCGAAUACACGGCCAAUUCCACAUUGACACAACAAUUGUUGUUCGAGCACGAGUGGCGCCCGCACCAUGUGACCGAGGUCGACACGACGUCGAUGAACCUCGACACGACUCUGAGGGUCACGAUGACGUCCUCCCUGAAGUUCAACUCUUCAUCAUUAGAUGCGGAUGCCUUCAACAACGAUGCGACAUCAGUAUCUCAAUUCAAGGAGGUGAUAUCGCGCGUCUGGCCGAACGUCACGGCCGACGCCGUGGAAGACGUCGUGGCCGAAGAAGAGACCGAGAAGAAGCUCGUGCGCAUCAGAUACUCCUUCGACGACUAUGUUGUUGCGCACGGUGCUACUGUGAACGACGCGCAGAACAAGUCUGACGAGUACAAGACGUCGUUCGUGAGUCGAAGCAAGAACCAGGCGACGAACGGUAAGUUACAGACGCAUAUUUCCGACGUCUGUUCCGGGAAUCGUAGAAGACUGCAGUCCUCGGCGUUUUCUUCUGCACAAGCCGAUCCGGUAGCGUGCGCGGCCGCGAUCGAGACGGAGACAGUGAGUGAGGUCGAAGUCAUGAACACGGCGCCCUCGCCCAAUCCCACACUCUCGCCUACACUGUCCCACGCCCCGACGACCUACACACCCACAACGGCGCAGCCGUCGGCCACGCCCUCGUACGUGCCGACCACUUAUGAACCGACGCUAUCCCCAACAAAGUAUUGUGGGGACGACGUGUGCUGGGCGGACCAAAGCGUCAAGGAGUUCGACUGCGACAAGCACACGGACCCGAUCCAAGUCUUGGAAGCGGAGGGCUCGAGUAUAUAUUCGUUGCGGGAGUGGUCGUCGACGGGCGAUUUCGAGCUGAUUCACGAGCUGGACUACUUUGACGGGCACGUGAACGCCGUGGGCAUGUACGAGGGGCCCUUCGACGGGACCCAAUAUGCGUUAGGAGCCUUCACGGAGGAUCCGGAUAACGACGAUGCUAUCUCAUACUUGUGCCGCUUCGAUAAUAAAAGGAAAGUGUGCUUUGACGACCAACCGCUGCACCUCUUGAAGCCGAAUGCUGGAGCUGUAUUAGGUCUAGAUUAUUACUACGGCCUGAACCUCGGCAGGGAUGCCGCAUCGAGGGGUCUGUACUGGGUCGAGAACAUCCACAAUCUUUAUACUCAGUCGCAUGAAAAUGCAGCAUUGGAGAUCUCGGAAGACCUGUACGGCGGCGGCGUUUAUGAUUUUACGGCCAUCGUCGAGGACGGCCGCGACGUCUUCGACGACGACUACAACAAGGACGGCAAGUACCUGGUCGGUCUGGCGGACGACGCUUCUCUGAUAGUGAUCCACGUCGCGGCAUCAGGAGCGCCGGACGCCUACGCGGUGCUGGACACGGAGGUCGACUGGGCGCUCGCGCCGACGCCGGAGCCGGUGCCCGUGCCGAGUCCGACCGCUUCACCGGACGAAGAGACCUACUCGUACGAGUACUCGUACGCCGUACCUAGCUUGGACUGCUUCAACGAGUCGUUGACCGCGUUCGCCUGCCAGCUGGACCUGUACCCCGACGACGACGCCGCGAUGCUGGAAGCCUUACAAGAUCCGACGCUCAUGGGCGACGACGACCGCUGGAACGCGUCCGGCUCCGACGACGACGUGAGCCUGUCCGAUGACGUGACGUCGUGCGUCGACGUCCAGGCGGACGCGGGCUUCGCCGAGCAGUGCGCGGCCCAGCCGCAGAUCGUGCAAGACGCCUGCGGCGACAAGUACGACGCCUUUACGGAGUGCGUGUACGAGGCCUGGGCGCUCGAGGCCGGGCUCGACUGCGACCUCGACUGCGACCAGGUUUCGCGGAGACGGAAGCUCGGCGUGCUCGACUGGGCGCGGCGCCUCUUCUCGCCGUCGACGACGCGACCAAGUACGACACCCAAUGUCAUACGGCGCCGCGCGCGCGACGCCGCGCUGGACGUGCUGCGAGGGCCGCCGCCGACGACGAGUCGACGGAACCUGAAGAACGUGAAGGACGUCCAGGGCGCCUUUACGGACGUCAAGUUCGGCGCCGCCUACAGCUAUAGGUGGCGCGAGGACGACCCGCGGUGGUUGGUGCUCUUCAGCGAGAAUGGUGGAAGAGGGCUGUUUCAAUUAGAAACGGAUGCCGAGAUCAAGAUCCCGAAGAGCUGCUGGAACAAGGCGUCGGACAAGCUCGCGAAGCACGAGCGGUGCGGCGAGACGGCGCAGUUGAUGUACGUCGGGCCUUCGUCGAUCUCUGACAAGAAUGAUGGAUUGAACUGUUACGAAGGGGGCUUCCUCCAACCCGCGCCGACGAACUCGCCGACGGAGGCGCCGUGCCUCGAUCGGAUCUGCUGGGAGACGAACCGGAAUAAAGUACAAGCGUUUGAUUGCGAAAACCACCCUUAUCCGAUUCAAAUAUUCAAGUACAGCGACUCGGAUUACUACAGCGUCAAGGAGCUCGACCAGGCGUCGGGCGCCUACAACGACGUCUUCGAUUUGACGUGGUUCGACGGGCACAUUAAUGCGGCGGCGUUGUAUGACGCGGGCGAGGACGGCCAGUUCGCGUUCGCGUCCAUGGGCGGCGAGCUCUGUCGGUUUGACGCCUCGGACAAGGUAUGCUUUGAUACGGAAUUACAACUAGGCGGCAAGCCGAACGUCGGCGCUAUUAUCGAUACGACGUAUUACUAUGCGCGGUCGUUGGGCGACGGAAAAUCCACGGGCCGAGCCAUCUAUACCGUGGACGGCCUGCAGCACGACGCGCCGACCUUCUACGACGAUGUCUUGGUCGAAUUCUCCGAGGACGUGAUCUCGGGCAAGAUCCUGGACUUUGCCGGCGUCAAGGAGGAUGCGGGCGGCGUCUGUGUGACCACUGCAUGUGAUGGAAGGUACUUGUUAGGACUGGCGAAGGACUUUUCGCUGGUGCUCGUAAGGAUCAACGGCGACUCGCACCUCCCGGAGGCUUAUGCAUACCUCCCGUCCUACGUCGACUGGUCCCUCGCGCAAGCGGCCUUCGGCGCGAACUUCACGGGUGUCACGGAAACGCAAGAGGGCUUCGGCGCCGCCUACGCCUACGAGAUCAACGCCGUUAAUUUGCGAGUCUUCUUCACGGCGAACGCCGGCGAAGGUCUGUUCGAGGUCGUCUUACCCAUUGAUGUGGAUGCGCUGGACGGCUGCUGGAACGAGGGCACGGAUAGAUCAGAACACUCGGCGUGCGCCAGCGCCCCCGCCGGCACCAGUGUGGUGGUCUGGGCGGGCCCCUCGGACUCGACGUCGAGCAACGACGGCCUGAAUUGCAAGGACGGCAUGGGCCGGCCCACGCCCCAGCCGACGCACUCGCGCCCGCCGACCUCGUCGCAGCCCUCGCGCAUGCCCACCCCCCAACCGUCCUACGAGCCCACGCCCAAGCCCUCGCCCCAGCCGACGCCCAUGCCCACAUCCUUCAUGUACCCGCGCUGGGAGGACGAUAGUGUCCAGCCCUGGGACUGUGCCGAACAUAAUUGGCCUUUACAAAUCCUCAAGGAGGAGGGCGCGUCGUCCUACAGUCUGGAGGAGCUCGACACGACGACGGGCCUCUACAACAAGUUGUACGACAUGCCGAACGACCCGAGCCACGUGAACGCGGCGGCCAUGCAUAUUGGGGCUCAGGAGAUUUACGACGACGACUUCCCGACGGUGUACACGAUGAUGGCCGCUAUUGAUGGACACUUAUGCCGCUUCGAUUCCAACACUAGUAUUUGCUUCGAGACGGCGCUGGAGGAGAAGAAGCCCAAUUCCGGCGCGAUCCUCUCGAACACCUACUUCUACGGUAAAAGUAUCGGCAAGUACGGCGGCGAGCGAUUUUAUUACGUGGAGGACAUCAAUACGGACACCCCCAAGUUCCACGACGACUACAAGUUCAAGGUCUCUAAUUCUUUGUUUGCGGGCCAGAUUCUGGACGUGUCCGCAGCCUUAGAAAUCGGCGACGAGAUUGUGGAAGAUGGCCAGGCGGGCAUGCAGUACCUCAUAGGGAUGGGGGGCAACUACGAGGUCUUCGUCGUGCGCAUCGGCCCGACGGGCGAGCCCGAGGCCUAUGCGGUGGUGCCGUCGGACGUCGUACCACCAGGCUCGGAAAGAGCCGUCCCGGGCCUCAUCGAGGGCGUCGCCGGCGGGACGAACUACGGUAAUAUUGGCGUGGCGUGCUCGUCCCCACUCAACGAGUUCGUGGAGAAUUUUGCGUUCGCGUCGGCGGACGACUGCUGGUCGUCCUGCGCGGCCGCGCACGGCGAGGCGCUCGUGGCCGUGACUUUUUAUCCCGCGGACAACGGGUGCUACUGUCAAGAUGAUUGCACGUGCCUCGAAGCCUGCGACGACUGCGAGCUCGUCGCGCGCCAGGGCAUGCAGCCGCCGGACAACUGCGCUUCCGGGGACGCGCAGUACUCGUACUCGUACGCCUGCGGCGAGGAGGAGAGCGCCGUCCUCGCCUGCAUGUUCGACGCCCAGGCCUCGGGGACGGUCCUAGACGACGACUUUUACGUCGGCACCGACGACGAUCCCACCGAUGACGACGGCGUCGUCGUAGAGACGUGCGCCGACGUCCAGGGCGCGCCGUUCUUCGUCGAGUCCUGCGCGAGCGCGCCGGCCGUGUGCGGGGAUUUGGUCCAGAGGCAUACCGAGUGCCUUUACGAGCAUCAGGCCGCCGAGGUCCUCGGCUUGAACUGCAGCCUCAACUGCUCGUCGACCCUCGCGCCGACGCCCGCGCCCGUAGCGGCGCCCGCGACGCCCGCUCCCGUCGCGGGGCCGGCGCCAGUCAACACUCCGACGCCCGCGCCCGUCGCGGGCGCGGCGCCCGCGACGCCCGCGCCGGUGCACACCGCGUUCACGGAGGGUGCCGGCACGUGCUACUACGGGCAGGUGGGGGUGGCGGAGGGCGCCGAGUGCGACGUCGACGAGGCGACCUGCGGGAGCGGGGGCGGCACGUGGUACGCGCCCGACUACAUCGUGACGUCGCCCAACGGCGGCACGGGCUGCUGCCUGUGCGACGCCGGCUGCGACCAUUCCUUGGAGGACGCGAGCGCGCCGCUUCGGCCGGAAGGCGGGUGCGACUACAUCGACGCGGAGCGGCGCCGACGGCUGCAGCGCGCGCCGCCUCUACGGAGGCGCCUCGAGGACGCGACGACGGCGACGGCGGCGCCCACGGCCAUGGCCGGGACGGCGCGCGCGGAGACGAGCUUCGGGGCCUCGUUCAUGUACCGCAACGACUACGAGACGCGGCUCUUCUUCGCGUCGAACGACGGCGCGGGACUCUUCGAACUCAUCCUGCCGGUCGUCGUGCCGGACGACUGCUGGAACGCCGACAAGGACUGGGAGGACCACGUCCAGUGCUCGUCCUCCGUCGCGGCGCUCGUGCGCCGCUCGGACGCGGCCGAGGCGGCGUCGAACGACGGCCUCAACUGCCCCCUGGGCGGCGGGCCGGCCAUCUCGCGCUACUCGUCGGACGCGCCCACGAUCACGCCCGUGCCCUCGUCGUCGCCCUACCCGACGACGGCGGCGCCGACCGCCUCGUUGGCGCCGACGACGCCUUCGCCGACCACGGCGCAGCCGACCCCACAGCCCUCCACGGCCGCGCCCUCGCUGGCCGGGAGCCGCGCGCCCACGACCGCGUAUCCCACCGCGACGCCCACGACCCCGGCGCCCUCGGCGACGCCGACGCCCCGGCCCACGCCCAUGCCCACGACCGCGACGCCGACGUCGUCGGCGACGACGCAGGGCCUGUUUGCUUUACAGCUCGUGGUGGACUACGGCGACCUGACCGAGGCCGACGGCGACGUGCUCUGCCAGGCCGUCCUCGCGUCGUUGGAACUCGCGGCGGGCACGGACUGCGAGCAGGUCACCUUCGAGCCCGUUUCCGGGCGACGGCGGCUCCAGGCGACGGGCUACGUCGUGACGAUCGUCUUGGAGGCGACGUACCACCCGAGCAGCGAGGACGACAUCUCGUCGCGGUUAGUCGGUCAGCUCCAAGACUCCUUAGGUGAUGGUUCUUUUACAGCUGCUCUAGAGACCGCCGCGGCGGGCACUGAUUCUAGUUUAGCUUCCCUGAGCUACGCCGACCUCGAGUCGGGCGUCCUCGUCGACGAGACCAAUCAGAUAUUGGACGAGGCCCUAGCAGCGGACCCCGGCCAGGCUCUUGUGUUUACGUGGACGCCGACACCGAAACCGACGCUCACACGCAGCCCGACACCAUCCCCCACAAAAGCCUCCGUACAAUCGGCGCCGCCCACGUCAUUGGCGGACUACCAGGCCUCGAAGGCGUCGGGCGGUGCAUCGGCCGACGCCGCCGGCACGGACGCCGUGAUCGGAUCACUCAUUGCGGUGAUUUUCGUGGUCAUGGUCGGCUACGCCGGCUUCCAGCACCACCGCCAGAAGCAGCUCGAGCAGGAGGAGAAGGAGGGCAUCGAGGCGGGCCACUUCGAGGGCGACGAGGCGGACCCCGACUUCGCGUGUGAAGACGUGGACCCGGCGAAGGCCGUGCCGAUUGAUGACGUCGAGGCGCCCACGGAGGACGAUAGCAGGUCCUUCAAGUCCUCGGAGGCCAUGGACUCGGACGUCUUCUUCCACCAGCUCAUGGAGCAGACGGCCCAGGCGUCGGAACUCGCGUCGCUGCCCGAAGGGUCGGCCUUCGAACCCUCCGUGGUCGCGUCGGAGGUCGGCGACGACGAGUGGGACGCGAUGCUCAACGACGUGGACGACGAGGAGAGCACGGAGACCUGGAAUGAAGAUUUAGCUUCGACGCUACUGUUCAAGCUGGCCCAGGGGGAUUGUGAGGAGGGCUUUGCGACGCGAGACCGGCUGGCGCAAGCUCUCCAAGAGCGGCCCGACUUACUGGACAUGCUGGGGAUCAUGGGUAUUUCCGGGGACGAGAUCGAGUUCUUCCUCGAGACCAUCGAGUCUGACGGCGACGUCGUGUCGCGGUCGCAGUUCUUGCGGGUCCUCGAGAGGUGGCGCAAGUCGGACACGCACUCCGAUUCUGGUACUGUCUCGUCCAAGGGCUUGGCCGAUUUACCGCCGCCGGCGCCCCCGCCGAGGAAGAUGCAGCCGCCCGCGCACCCGCCGCCGCCGGGGCCGCCGACGCCCGCCGGCCCCGUCGUCGACGACGACGCGGCGUCGUCGGCGACGGGCCCCGACGUCGCGUCGCGCCUCUUCCCGCCGGCGUCUCCGGAAAACGCGCAGGAGGCCGAGCCCCUGGAUUCCGAGGACGCGGAGCUGGCGAAGCUCGCGGCGAUGGACGCCCGUUUUGCGCCGCCCGCGCCGGCCCUCCCCGCGCGGCCGGCGGACGCCGACGGAGGCGAGGCGCCACCGCCGGGCGACGACGACGACGACGAAGCCCCGCCGCCCGGCGACGACGACGAGGACGAGGCGCCGCCGCCCGACGACGACGACGACGAGGCGGAGCCGCCGCCGGCGGGCCCGGGCGGCGCGCCGUUCUCGCCGGACAUGAGCUUGCUCCAGUUCACGCGGCGGCGGCGCAGCGCCAUCCUCGCGCCCGGGCGGCGCCCACCGCCGCCGCCGCCGGCGCGCGGCGCGUGGUCGCCGAGCGCCCUCUUCCGGCCGCCGUCGCCGGACAAUCUCGUGGCGCCGGCGUACGAGCGCUUCCGGCGGGCCCGUGACAAUUCACCUAGCGACGCGUCCCCUUCCCCCAAAUAGUUAAUCUAUGAUGUCGCUAUUA